UCAAGAAAUAAUACGUAUUGCGCUGUUCAAGCAUUUUUCACGCUUGCUGGAUCGUGUGCAAUAGCGUGCUAUUCUUCACUUUUAAUGACGCAUUUACAUUUAGUAUCGGUGUGGCGCGUGGAUUUUAUAACCAAAAAAAUAAUUGGUUUCCAUGCUUUAAUCUUUGGAGGUUCAUUAGCAGCAUUUAUAAUUCCUUAUCUUACAAAUAAUAUUCAAUCAUCAAACAUAUGCUUUAUUUCUUUGGAUUCGGCUCCCGCGUACUUUUACUUUUUGUUCUUUAUUUAUAUUGCAUUCGCUGCUCAUUUAACAACUUUUAUAUAUAUGGCUCACAUAACUAUCAAAUCGAACCGACGUUAUUCAGUUGCGUCGACUAUAUCAAAACGUACUACUAUAAUUGAAGCUCAAAGGCAAUUGAAUCACUUGCAUGCAGUCUUCAAAAUGCAAUGGCGCGCAUUAUUAGGAGCUUUAUUAAUGUUGAUAAUAUACGUUUUAAAUUGGCAUUUUUAUAUUUUUGGACUCCGAGUAUUAGCCGAAUCAACUUUAACAAGUGAAUGGAUUAUAAAAUGGGUACUAUGUUUGAAAGAUCAAGGAAGUCAAUCUAUUUGUGCCAAUAUAAUUAAAGAAUAUAUACCAAGUUACUCUUAUAUAAUAACAUUAUUAUUCUUUAAUAGAACCGCAGGAAUAUUGAUUUUCAUAAUAUUUGCUGCUAAAAAAUCAGUAGUAUUAGAAGUUUAUGAUUUAAUUAGAGGAAAAAACCCAAGAGAAAUGAAUCCAAAUUUAUCAUUCGUCGAAACGGAAAUUCCAGGAGGUAGGGGUAGUAGUAGUAUCAGUGCACAUAGGUUAACUAGGUUAAGUUUUUACGUAAAUAAUAAAAAUGUUGGUGAUAAUGUUUCAAAUACAACCGAAAGUGCAACAUUAGCCCCUUCAGAUAGAACAAGUGUUUCAAUUUCAAAGAUGGAAAAUAAUAUGAAUAAGGAUGAAAGAACCUCUAUAACUUUUUCACCAACGAGUAGAUAUUCAGAACCAUCAUCAAAUGUUUUAAGAGAUUCAAUUCAAUUACUAUCAACCUUGCCUGAACAAUCAAUACUAAGAAGAUAAACACGUGACU